AUGCCAGCGAUAAUGCACCCCCGCUCCUUCUCCACGGCCGCCGUCUUCGCCACCACCUUCAUCCUCUCCUUCACCCUCGUCUCCGUCGACCACCUCCUCCACGGUCCCACCAGGGCCCAGAACCACGUCAACCGUGUAGAGCACGGGACGGCGAGGAUCAAGGACGAUGUAAGGAUCAUUGAUAGGGGACAGACGCUGCUGAUACCGUAG